AUGCGGAAGUGGAAAGCUGAGAGGAAAAAUCAGUUCAUAGCUGCGAAUAAAGAGAUUCAGAGUAUUAAGAAUGAAAUCUAUAAUAACCCAGCUGGAGGAUAUUCAUCAAAUGAUUUGGUAGUGAAUGAUUUGUCCUUGAGAUAUCUCGAAGAAUUGCAGAGAGAACUUCAAGCACUUCAGAAAGAAAAAGCAAUGGCGGAUGCAUUGACUUCAAAGAUCACGAUGUGGGAAAAGGCGAGGGGAGUUCAUUUUACUUAUGAUGGGAUUCGUUUACUUUCAAUGCUUGAAGACUACACGGUUUUACGACAAGAAAAUGAACUAGAGCGCAAAAGGCAGAGGGACCAGAAGAAACUCCAAGGAGUGUUACUGACCGAGCAAGAAGUUCUUUAUGGAUCAAAACCGAGCCCUAUGAAGAACCAAAGUGCCAAGAAAGGGCCUCGAUUGUCGACAUACCCGAACAAAAAACACAACGAGAUGCUUCAAAAGACACUCACAAUCAACGAAAUAGACAACCGUACGCCUCAAGAAAUGGCCAUAGUUCCCGAGCUCUCAACACCAUCAACGGUUUCUAUUAUUCCAAUGCAGGUGGCCAUAACAACACCCACUCAAAUGCCGACAGCUGUCCCAAGACAGGUGGCGAUUGAGUACUCGUUCGAAGAGAAGCGGGCCGGGUUUUGUUCGACCAGACCAUGCGCUUAA